AUUCAAACCUGUAUGUCUGAGGUCAGAGAGAUAUGGACUAGUUGUAUGGAAAAAAUGUUCGAGAAUAUUGUCAAAUACAUCUGCCGCUUGAUAUGAUAUAUGUCAAUGCAAUCAAAUUAAGAAUAAAAUGCCCUCUAACAUUUUUAUAUAGUGGAUGGAAUGAGCGCGCGUGCAAGGAAGAGAGCGUGAAUGACAAAAUUAAGUGACGAAAGAAGUAACAAAUAGCUACAGCAUAAAUAACACGCCAUGGCGCAAAAUAAUUCGUGAAUAAUUUUGUACAUUUCACUGCGGCGAAAGUGAAAAGCGAGAGCGAACUCCUACUACAUUUUCAUAUGCUAAUAUCUCUUACGACGAUAGAUUUAAAAUAGCUCAGUCUUUAGAGCUUGAAUUAAUAAUAAUCGUUUUUAAGGCCGUUUUGAACUAGAAUUCGGAACAUAGGUGGGAAGAGAAACCUGGAUACAAAAUAUGUCACAGGUGCUACUCUUGUCGGAAACAAAGGGGCUUGUGGAGCGGAGCGGAUUGCUUCACUUCAGUGCGGAGAAACGAUUUAUUCCGUUUCAAAAGGACUUGUCACAACCAUUAAAAUGAUCCCUAAAAUGAUAUUCUAAGCAUAAGUAAUAAUUUUGUUUGUUUGUUUGUGUUUUUAUUUGUUUAAACUAGAAAAGCUAAAGUAAUAUGAGGAGACAACAGAAAAAUGAAGUUAUGGAGUUUCAGCGAGGUGAUCAAACUGAUUAAAAUAGUCAUCUCUCUAGUGUUACUCUGCUUAAAAAUAAAAAAAGAGAGAAUGACUGAAUGACUGAAUCACUCACUGACUCACUCAUUCUGGUCUGGCAUCAUUUCAGGAUGCCAGGCACCACAAUAGUCUCAAGUAUGGCCGGGGCUGUCACGACAGUGCUGGCACAGCGGCUCCUUGGCCAACGUUUUGAUUAUCAAAGAUUUAAAAGAUGUGCCACAAUAUCAAGCUAUUCGAAGAUGGAAAGAAGUCUGCAGCCAUCAUGCCCGAUGAAUGGCUAAUCCCAGAGAGCACCAAUAGAUUUUUCUGGCCUAGCUCUAAAGCAGACUCCACCUGGGUCAAAAACAUAAAAAAGCCAGGCCUGAACUGGAAUAUUUUCACCUACCAGCAGAUAAUUAAAAGCACAUGAGCCCUGGCUGUGAAAGCAGUACAUCACACUUUGUAUUCCCCCCACCAGCACCACCAAGACCUGUGAGAUCAGUUUUGCGCGAACUCUGUUUUCUAUUAGACGUGUUUAGUCUGUAGAUUCUCCAGCACAGCCAGGACCAUUUACUAUUAACAGUAAGGUUACACUUGAGUUUGAAAUUAAUAUGUUCAGAGAAUUAGAAGUACCUUUUUGUUUACUUCUGAGUUUGAAAUUAAUAUGUUCAGAGAAUUAGAAGUACCUUUUUGUUUACUUUAUGUAUGCACAAGUAAAAGAUUUAAUUGCAUUGUGUGUACACUUAAAUACACUUGCAUUGAUAUUUUUUUGUUUAUUUUUAAGGGCCUCAGUCACAUAUUCUGAUUUGACACCAGUAGCAUCUUCAGCAGCUGCUACUGACUGUAAGGUUUCAUAUGAACUUCCAGUGAUUAUAUUUAGAGAAUUAGAUGUGCAUUUUUUGUUGUGGGUGUGCAUUAAGAGACCUACAUUUAUCAGCACUAAGAGACUUUGUUUUGCUUUUAGUCGCCACCAUCAGACGGUCUAUUCCUGCAUCACCAUCAUCAGCACCAGCAACAUCUGCUAGCGACUUACAAAUGCUUCCAAGUUAUUUUGAGAAAACUUUCAAAAAGAUACAAGAAUUCCAGAACGGUACAGAGAUCCUGCAGCAGAAGGUGGACCAGCAAAGCAAUGUGGCUGCCAGCCAUACAACUCCAGAUACCUUCCUCUCUCCACUGCAGGAAGUUGAUCAGCUUAAACGAUGCUUUGGCAGAGGAGAAUACCAGACAAAGAAUGGUUUUGUAUCUGAGCUAUUUUGGUGGCCUCACACCGAAAAGAGGCACUGUACCGUCUGCUGAAGCAUCUGCUUGCUCCAAAACUGUACAGCUUGGAAGGGAGGAAGGAGAAACGAAGAUUUAACACCUUGCAACAUUUAAAAGCCACAGUUUAUGAAGGAUGAUCCACGAACUCCAGAUUUCAGCACAAUACGGAAGUUGACGUCACACCUUCCCAACAUUCCAUACAGUGUUAAAGAAGAGGAACCAACAAACUCAGUUGAUUUUCAGACAGAGCUGCGUCGAAUCCUUAUUUCGCUUAUAGAAGCUUCACAGAGAAUUCUUUGCCUCAACCCAUCAGCUGCCAAAAUCUUCAAGCAGGCUGAAGAUAUGCUAAGUGAACUUUUGCAGCAACCCAAAUUUGAUUAUGCUGCACUCAAACAGUUGACUGACAUGGGUUUCCCAGAGGCUCAUGCCAAGAAAGCACUGGUAAUUAACAAGUGGUUUGACAUGCCUCUUCCAGAGUUAGAGGAACCAAUCACUUCAUCAAGUCAAGACAGGGAACUUCAAGGUGCAGAGGGUGGUUUGCUGCAGACAGGAGGAGAGCCUACAAGUGCUGGUUCUGAAGGGGGUCUCCUACACUACACCAGCAUCUUAGGCACCAUUCGUGCCUUAUGAAAGCAAGAGUUUCAUCCUAAUCCUGAGGCACUGAAGCGGCUGCUGGAGAUGGGAUUUGAAGAAAAUGAAGCACUGCAGUCUUUGCGUAUGUUUCGUAAUGACCAAGAUGCAGCAUGUGACUGGCUGCUUGGUGAUCGGAAGGACCAAUCUGCAAUGGUGGAAGAAGGCCUGGAUCCCUCAUCUCCUGUGUACCAGGCCAUCAUGCAAAACCCCACUGUACAGCUUGGCCUUAACAAUCAAAGAUGCUUGCUAGCUUUCUUGCAGAUGCUGGAAAGCCCUUUGGCUGCUAGCCAGUGGCUGAAUGACCCCGAGACAGGACCCAUUCUUAUGCAAGUUUUGCGCAUUUAUCAGAUGCGGCUUAAUGGAAAUCAAAUUUCUACAACCACAGACCCACCUUCUGUGGCCUCUCCUGCAGCAUCAUUGACCUUAGCAUCGUCCCCAACCACCUCAACAGGAACAUCCAGCAGUUCGCCUCCAGCACCCUCUUCGCAGGCUAACUCUUGUGCUUGCACCUCAUCUAAGUCAUCACCGCCUCAGGAGCCAAGAUGAUGUCUAGUGACUGUAGUUCUUUGCGUUUGUCCUUUUUCUUGUUUUCUUCUAAUGGAAUUCUGUUUGUGCAAAGUGCAAUGCUGUGAUUGGCAGUCUGCUUAUCAGAAACUGCAGACCAUUUUGCUGCUGAGGCAGUCUCUGGAAUAGAAAGUUAACUGUAUGCAGUACAGGCUAAGUGCAGUGGUUUUACUGAGGUUUUACUAGUGCUGCCUGUGCCCAGAAUGUGACAGCAUAGAUUGCAGAUUCAGUUAGGGGGAACUCUUUUCACAAUAGACACAGUACAGCAAAUCUCAGAUUUUGGGGUUUUUUUUUCUGUGGAGCUUUUGCUAAUGCAGGAUUGCUUGGUUGGUUAUUUUUCUUUUUGUUUUAGAGCAUGCAUUUUUUAAUAAAUUUUUGACAUCAUCAUUAUUAUUAUUAUUAUUGAAGAGUCAGAUCUUGAUGAAUCUUGUUGGUUUGAAGCAUUUUGUUUCUGUGCACUUUUAAUUUUUUAAUUUGCAGUCAGGUGUAGAUUUUUCACGUUUACCAGAGAUUAAACCUAUUUUUUAUUUUUUUAAGAUCUGCCAUGCGUGUGGCAAACUGAUGCCCAUCACUCUUUUUUUCUUAAACAUAAGAAAUUGCAGCAGUACUUCUGCCUCACUUUCUAUGUCGACCAGUAUAAAUUUAGGACAGCUAUAAUCAACCAUUGCGAAUUUACAUUUAAAAGGCCCAAGGCAGACUACUCAUUGCUUCAUUUUUAAACAUUUUUUCCGAAAAAUUAAACUGGCUUAACUCUAAACCAGUGCUUAAUUUUUGUCACAUUGCUAAACCUGAAGUCGUCAACAUCGUGCUUGUAUAAUGUCUGUCCUCUGUGCCACCAAGUCUCGCUGUUAGUGUGCGAUGCAGUCCAAAGCAUCGCCAAUGGUCAGACGAGUAUUCGGGAGUUUUCCUGAGUUCUCUCCCUUUGAUUUCUGUAUCAGGUUGUAUAGUGAUGCGGCUAUAUUUAGUUCUCUGACUCAGUUCUGCCUGUGAGCAUGCACUACUUGGUUUCCAGCCUAGACAACAACACUAUCUUUGCUUUGAAUACUGAAAACCUUGCCUAACAAUUUUACACACACACCCCACAAAAUAAAAAUAAAUUUGUAAAAAUUAGCACGUAUCAAAAUUCCUUGUCUAUGCUUGUGUUUUGAAUCAUGAACGUGUAUUUAUGGACUGAUGUCUGUAUGCCGAGACUCACUCUCGGCCUCUUGCGAAGUGAUCUGCUGUGAGUCUCGGCGAGCCGUAACAAAGAAUGUGAA